UCUACAAUUAUCGGUCCCGGUCCGUGCUUUGCUUCGAAUGUUCGCUUACUCGAAAGCUCUAGAAAGAUCAGAAAAAAUCUGCAGAUUUUAGUGUUGUAAAAUAUGGUCAACAUUGAUGUUUGGUUUACUGAGUUCAUAACACUAUAUCGCCCCACUUAUCUUUAACAAUGAAUUCGAGAUUUGAAGAAGCAAGAAAAAUAAUACAGGAGUUCGUAUUACGUGGUCAAGAUGCUGUUCCUGGUUCCUGGUAUACGGUUAAGAUAUUCAAAGUAGCCAAUAAUGUUCAAGCCGUCAACAUUUUGGGAUAUGCCCUGAGUUGUCCAUUACGUUCUGAGGUAUCCCAAACUUGUUCGAACGACUUUCUCGAUGGAAAUUCCUGUUUUUUCGACAAAGAAAUUAGAAAAAAUCUUGAAAGCAUUGUCAAACAGAUGCCGAGUUAUAAGUUUGAACUUCUGCCAUUGGUUAUUAAGAGAGUAAUAGCCAAAGGUGAAAACGAGCUACCCUUGCUUUUUACUUUACUGAUUAAGUGCCACAUUGGUAGCGAAUAUCGAUAUGUCGAUGUGAAUGGACGUAUAUAUACGUCGUUUGAUAACUUUCUGAAUGACAACAAACUACCGCAUUCGCGUUUGUACUAUCCCUGGAGAGAAUGCAUGUAUUUUGAAAGUUCCGGAGAAAUACGCAUUGAUAGUUGCGAGGUUGGACUCAAAAAUGAGAUGCUCGGAGUAUUUGAUACACUUAUCAAUACCGUUGGGAUAAUUGGCGCUAUCGGAACUGUGUUUGCCACUGGUGGAAUGGCGACACCUCUGUUGGCAAUGUCGCUUGGAUCCGCGGCUUACACCACCGGUCGAACCGUUGCUAAUUUGUGUGAUGCCGCUAAACAUGGUAAAUCGGUGGAUCCUUUUGCGGAUCAGGAAGCGUUCCACAACUGGGUUCUGGUGUCAGCUAAUUUGCUUGCGUUUGCAUCGGCCGGAGUUACCAAACUGGCCGCCGCAGAAAAUCUGACAGCUAAAAGUGCAGCUCGGUUAUCUACCGCAAGUCGAUACUUGAAGAGAACCAGCGCUUGCACCAGCACGGCUGCAAUGGUCAGCACAAUCGUCUAUUCGGCCCGCAAUUGGAAGCAACUGUCGAUUUCGCAACGAAUCAAUCUUGUAUGUUCCGUGUGCUUCAGUGUCGGACAAGUUAUCAGUUUUGUAAACGCCGAAAGAAUCAUUCGCAACAAUCAGUUGGAUGGAUUAUCCAGCUUCUUUGCAAGUUGCGUGGAAUCCGCGUCUUUGUGUCCAGCUACCGUAAGAAAUGUUUUCAGCAAAGAUGAGAAUAUGCUAGAAUGGGGCUUAGAACUAGUAAAAAUUCUAGCAACGAAGGCCAUUAAAGUCACGGUGAACUGCGACUUCACGGAGAUAACGAUCUUCGGAUAUCAAUUUAAAUUUGCUACAUUGUUUUAUAUAAAAUCGAGUGUAUUGGACAAGUUUAUUCACAUGCUCGAAUCAAUAGCUGUAGGCUUCAAAGAAACUUUCAUUUUGUUGCAGUCGAUGUUUGGUGCUGUAGAAGUUUUCAAAAUAGUUUCUAAGCGUGCUAAAGAGAUAGGUGGCACCAGAGGGGAUUAUGGCAGAGCAAUCAAUGAUUUAAUUCAGCUGUUUAACUCAUUGCGCAACAUUGUAGAUGGUUUCAGUGCACUGUCAGGCACCAACAUCAUUAUUGCUAGGGAACAUUCGUUUACGUUGGGAUUCGCUUUCGAUGUGUUCAUCAGGGUAGCAAGAUUAAAAUGUUGUGCCCUUAUCAAUGCUCUCAAUACAAUGAACCCCCAGGAAGCCAAAAAGAUGACCGCGUUACGUUCGCAGAUGGCCAAAGACGGUAAAGAGCUACAAGUUUUUCGCUGGAUAAUGGCUGGGUCUGGCCAAAGUUAUCAUGUUUUGAAGAAAAUCCGGUUUCUUCUCAAAAUCGACGAAAUUUGCACGGAAAAGUCGCUUUCCAUUACAGAUUUAAUUUCUGAUAGAGAGACAAUCGUGAUACAAUCUUUGAUAUACCUGGAUCUUUCUACCUACGACAAAGCACCGUCCGCAUAUAAGCCGUAUCUCGUUGAUCCAACAUUCCUCAAAAUAUGCGAGUCAGCAAUGAAGAAUCAUAGAGAAUAUCUUGAAUUUUUGUGGAAGAAUACGUGCAAAGAAAUGCCUCGAGAUAAAAAUUUCGAGAAGCUAGAAGAACUGAGAACCGCCUUUCAACUCAACCCGUCUGCAGUGGAAUUGGCUGUCGGCUAUACAAAAGCAAUAGAAUGCACAAACUUUCGGGAAUUUUUUUAUCAUUUUAAAUUCGCCUUGAGGAAGUUUGAACAGGUGUCGCAUGAUUCGUUGAAUUCUAUUGACACAAAUAUCACAAUGUUAAAACAGAACUUUGCGGAAAACAAAGAAAAAGUAAAUAAUCACUUUUUAGCAGGAUAUUGCCAGAUUCCCUACUCAGACCCUGAUCAACUACCUAAAUUGAUAAAAGAGCUAGCAAAAAAAAAAAGCCUGCAAUUUGGUUCAGUCGAAAAUGCCGUCUUAAAUUUGGUUGAAAAUCGAUCCCUUGAACUUCCACGUUCUCGACAAUUGGAAAAGUAUAACCGAUUUAUUGCGUUUAAAAAAUUCAACGAACGAAUUGUAAAAACUGAGGAAAACAAACACAUGGUAUACUUUGAAAACGAACAUAUAAAAAUCAUUGUCUCGGUCGUGCGUAACCUGGGAGCGUACAUUGAUUCAAUUACCUUCUUAAAUAACAACUGAUUUUAUUAUAUACGUGUCGUAAACAUAUACAUAUCUUGGUAUAAGCCUUAUCUACAUGCCUUAUCAAUAAAUGAUAGUUACUCAAAA